GCUCAGUAGCGGUAGCAGCGGCCGUGGAGGUGGCGCUGGGGACUGUUUUCUCUCGGAGGCCGGAGCGGAGCCGUGUCUGACUGAGGCGGGCAGCAAGCGGCCCCCUCGCUCCCUCCCUCCCUCCUCCGCGCCCUCCCCGCCGCCACCAGCCGCCAACCGCCAACCGCCGCGCCCGGGGAGGAGCCGCGGCCCGCGGGGCCAGAGCCAGGCCUGCGUCCGGACAUCAGCCGGAGCCGGAGCGAGAGCCGGGGCCUCGGCGUCCCCGCCCUCUCCCCGCCUCGGCCAGCGUCCGCCGGGCCUCCGAGCGCCGCGCCAUGGACUCAGACGAGGGCUACAACUACGAGUUCGACGAGGACGAGGAGUGCAGCGAGGAGGACAGCGGUGCCGAGGAGGAGGAAGACGAGGACGAUGACGAGCCGGACGAUGAUAACCUGGAUCUGGGCGAGGUGGAGCUGGUGGAGCCCGGGCUGGGCGUCGGCGGGGAGCGGGACGGACUGCUGUGCGGGGAAACGGGCGGCGGCGGCGGCAGUGCUCUGGGGCCCGGUGGUGGCGGUGGCGGUGGCGGCGGCGGCGGCGGACCAGGACACGAGCAGGAGGAGGAUUACCGCUACGAGGUGCUCACGGCCGAGCAGAUUCUACAACACAUGGUGGAAUGUAUCCGGGAGGUCAACGAGGUCAUCCAGAAUCCAGCUACUAUCACAAGAAUACUCCUUAGCCACUUCAAUUGGGAUAAAGAGAAGUUAAUGGAAAGGUACUUUGAUGGAAACCUGGAGAAGCUCUUUGCUGAGUGUCAUGUAAUUAAUCCAAGUAAAAAGUCUCGAACGCGCCAGAUGAAUACAAGGUCAUCAGCACAGGAUAUGCCUUGUCAGAUCUGCUACUUGAACUACCCUAACUCGUAUUUCACUGGCCUUGAAUGUGGACAUAAGUUUUGUAUGCAGUGCUGGAGUGAAUAUUUAACUACCAAAAUAAUGGAGGAAGGCAUGGGACAGACUAUUUCGUGUCCUGCUCAUGGUUGUGAUAUCUUAGUGGAUGACAACACAGUUAUGCGCCUGAUAACAGAUUCAAAAGUUAAAUUAAAGUAUCAGCAUUUAAUAACAAAUAGCUUUGUAGAGUGCAAUCGACUGUUAAAGUGGUGUCCUGCCCCAGAUUGCCACCAUGUUGUUAAAGUUCAAUAUCCUGAUGCUAAACCUGUUCGCUGCAAAUGUGGGCGUCAAUUUUGCUUUAACUGUGGAGAAAAUUGGCAUGAUCCUGUUAAAUGUAAGUGGUUAAAGAAGUGGAUUAAAAAGUGUGAUGAUGACAGUGAAACCUCCAAUUGGAUUGCAGCCAACACAAAGGAAUGUCCCAAAUGCCAUGUCACAAUUGAGAAGGAUGGCGGUUGUAAUCACAUGGUCUGUCGUAACCAGAACUGUAAAGCAGAGUUUUGCUGGGUGUGUCUUGGCCCUUGGGAACCACAUGGAUCUGCCUGGUACAACUGUAACCGCUAUAAUGAGGAUGAUGCAAAGGCAGCAAGAGAUGCACAGGAGCGAUCUAGAGCAGCUCUUCAGAGGUACCUGUUCUACUGUAAUCGCUAUAUGAACCACAUGCAGAGUCUACGCUUUGAGCACAAACUAUAUGCUCAAGUGAAGCAGAAAAUGGAGGAGAUGCAACAGCACAACAUGUCCUGGAUUGAGGUGCAGUUCCUGAAGAAAGCAGUUGAUGUCCUCUGCCAGUGUCGUGCCACACUCAUGUACACUUAUGUCUUCGCUUUCUACCUCAAAAAGAAUAACCAGUCCAUUAUCUUUGAGAAUAACCAAGCAGAUCUAGAGAAUGCCACAGAGGUGCUUUCGGGCUACCUCGAACGAGAUAUUUCCCAAGAUUCUCUGCAGGAUAUAAAGCAAAAAGUACAAGAUAAGUACAGAUACUGUGAGAGUCGACGAAGGGUUUUGUUACAGCAUGUGCAUGAAGGCUAUGAAAAAGAUCUGUGGGAGUACAUUGAGGACUGAGAAUGGCCCUGCAUAAAAUGAACUCUGAAAACUUUACCAUCUAGAGUGCUCAUGCAAUUAAAACAAAACAAAAACACAAACACAAACAAGGAGGCACUAAGCCUAUUCUGACACCGCUGGUCUGUAGUACCAGAAUUCUGUUUUGUUAACGGAAAGUUUAAGUAAAUUAUAUUGUAAUAAAAAAGGUAGAUAAACCAUUGUACAACAGUAUUCUAGGCCGCCAACAAAAGUGUGACAGACACACUAAAAGCCCUCCAACUUUAACUUGUAACGUAGCUUCAUUCUCAAAGCUGACUCCUUUUUUCUUUUUCUUUUUCCUAAGUGUAGUACAGUUAAAAUUUCAAAUAGCUCCUUGACACUGCUUUUCAUGUCCAAACCAGCCAUUUUGUUGUACUUUGGUAAAGUACCUCUUCCCCUUCCUCCCCUACACAUACAAAUAUACCCACACACACAGACUGAUUCUCUUUCUCUCAUACCCCAAGGUCAUGAGUGAAUGAUGAUUAGCUCCUUGUAAAGAAAAUUCUUGGGAUGGGGAAGAGGGUAGGCAGCAAGAGGAUUAAACAAACAAAAAACAACAACAAAAAAAAACUUUGUAUAUGACUUUUAAAACAAGAGGACAACACAGUAUUUUUCAAAAUUGUAUAUAGCGCAUAUGCAUGGAUAAAGCAAGCGUGGCACGUGUUUGCAUAAUGUUUAAUUACAAAAAAAUAUUUAUUCUUUAAAAAUCUUCAAGAUUAUGUCUAUUUGCUGUGCAUUUUCUUUUAGUUUGCUUUAUCUUUCCAGGGUUGGGGUUGGGAUAAAAGGUGUGUUUGUUUAGCACCUCUGGAAGACCUAACUAGAGCUCUUCAAUUUCCCUUUCUUGAGGUUACUUUGCCCUUUCUGGUUUUGUUAUGUCUUUUGCUGGCCAUAGGCCUCAGAAUUCCCAGCUCUUGAUCAGGAACAAGGCAGUCAAGUUCUGAGUAAGUUCUCUAUGGCCUGUUAAAGACUGCAACAGGAAGUUUUAUUGCCUCAGUUCCUGAAUGAUCCUGUUCCCAACUUAUUCCCCCUCCAUGGCUUCAUGCCUCUCCCCAGGCCUUCCUUGUGUGCCCCAUGUCAUGCACACAGCUAUAGGCUUCUUAGGCUCCCCCUCACAUCAAGAGGAAGCAUUUCACAAUUUUUUUUUUUCCUGUUUUUGUUUUCCUUUAAUUGCUGCUUUGAGCCUUUCAAAAUUUUAGUUAUGGCUCGUCUUACCCCUUCUCUCCAUUAGGGUGUCAAAUAGAAUGUUUUUGCUUUAAAUAUAAAUAAAUAGCCAUUCACAUAGUCUCAAAUUGUGAAUUUAAAAUGGCAGAUAUUGAAAUUGCUUGUGUGUGUUGCUGUGGGUUCAGUUUGAAGGCAAACACCCCUAGAACAUGAUAUUUCCCAUCCAGUGUAUUUAACUAGAAAUCACUGAGUUUGCUUCUUUUCUAUUGUCAGCAGAUAAGAGAAUUAAUAAUGCAUUUUAGCUGUGAUGUCCAUUUUUAUGAAAUUUCUACUAAGAGCUAUGUUAAAAGUAAAGGAUGGUGGUGGUUUUAUUAAUUAUAUACCUGUUUAGGCCAUUCUGGCUAUGGUAUUUUUCAAAAGGUCAGCAUCCCUAAAUCUGUCAGUUUUAUACAAGUGUGCAGAGUGAACUAGGCAACUAGAUUAAGAGGUCUAAAUAUUAAGACCAGUUUUGGCUAAGGACCUCUUUGUCUUCCUUUAAAUGUCUUGUGCCUAGGGAGUGUUUACCAUUUGUGAGGCAGCUUUGUCUGCUCUUGCAUUGUACAUCUUAUUACUCCAUUGGGAAGUAGGUUCACUUUCCUCUGGCCUUUUGCCUAAGUUAGGCUUUGCUGAAUCAACCCUACUUUUCCUUUUAGAAAAGGUUGUUACAUGAGAUGUACUUGCAACUGUUCUUUUCCCAUCAAAAAUCAGUGAAUGUUUGCUGAGUGUAUUAUGCUGCUUCUUAAACCACUUGUUGCUUUAGGAUCAACUUUAUCUGUACUCUUUUUCUUCCCCUUCCUUGCCACCUCAGGUGCAAAUCUGAACUCACUGUCUGCUUCUUCCCUCUUCUCUUCCUUCACCAGUCAUCCAUUUGACUUUAUUUUACUUUAAAUUACUGCAUCAAUUUUACAAGACAUUUAUCAAAACUAAAGAGAUUUUUCCCCCUUUCUGGUAACUUUGAAAAGCAAACAGAGUUGCUAUGCAGACACAUGUGACUUCCUCAAAAUGCUUUGUGUAUGCGUGGUGUUUAAAGAAAAAUCUGCAGUAUAUAGGUUUGAGUAUCCUACACUCUCUUCACAUGCUCCCUUUGCAACAAGUAUACAAAAACAGUGUGUGCACUUAAUAAUAUCAGCCCCCACCCAUGGAGGAACAGUGCUUUCUAGAGAUGCUUUUUAGUUCCAGUGUUGGCAUACUACCUGAGGUUAUUGCAGUUGUGGGUGCAUUUCCUAAUUCAUAUGGAUCAAGGUGAACUGUCUUUUCUACUUCCAAGCUUUUAACAGCUAUCUCUGUAUUUGACAGACUUCCCAGAGUUAAUUGCUUUCAUUGUUAACUUCAGUGCCCCUAGCUGGGAUAGGCAAGCCAUAUUGUAUAACAGCUUCCCUAUUUCACCUAAGUCUAUCAGAGGGCUCUAUUCACAGUAAGCACCAGGGUCUCCCUGUUUUCUUGAGGUCAGUUAUAUUGUCUUUUAAAAAGUGCAUGCUUCAUUUGAACAAUUCAUUGAAUAGCAGAUGGACUUAAAUGAUUUAUAAUAAAAUUUUGAUCCAAAGCUCAGGAUACAAACAAUAGUGGUAAAAUGGAGUAGCAUAUAAUAUCAUCAGACUAAAUUUUGUGUAAUUUUUCUGCGACCCAGAUUGUAUGUGUUUUAUGUGUGUUUAAAUAAAUACAUUAAAUGCACAUGUGUAUACAUACACACAUAUACAACAGAUCCAAGACUGACUGACUUAAUUUGAAAUGGUUGCAUCUGCAGUGUAAUAUGUGCUUCAGCUUUGAUUAGGAAUUGAAAUUUAGUACGAGAGAGGAAAGGACUUAAUGUGACAAAUUCUUUUAGCUAUAUAUCCCCGUAUAGAGCACUUGGGGGAUGGGAUGGGGUGGGUUGGUGAGACAAUCAGAUCGGUAAAUUGAUUAAAUGCUCCUAACCCUGUAAUUUUGUGCAUAGAGCACCCUGUGCUGUGGAAAUAACUGUUCUUAGAUUUUCAUUGUAACUGGACUGUUCAGGUUGCCCAGAGGGAAAGAACAUUCCUAAUUCUAAUAAAAUAAACUUUUAUUUUGUUAUUCCAUUAGUUACUUAUGUUUAUUUUAGAGUUUAAAAAAUGACUUAUAGGUGGCUACCAGCCACUUGUAUGUAUUAUUAUGUACCUUAAUCACUGUUCCUACUUAAUAUAUCAGGAUUUGGUUCAGUUUCUUUGCAUUUAGGACUUGGUUAAAUGAAGUUUCUAGAGUAUUUUUUGAAAGCUUUCCAGUUUCUGUGUCUUGAACAUUGAAGUUAGAUUGCUGUUUGUGUUGUAACAGUGGUACCCAUUAGAUGCUCAGUAGAUAUUUGAAUAUCAGUUUUUUUAUUUUUUAAUUUUAUUUUGGUACUGGGGAUUUAACCCAGGGGUGUUUUACUGCUGAGCUAUAUCCCCAGCCUCCCCCCACCCCACCCCACCCUUUUUUUUUUUUUUAAUUUUGAGACAGUGUCUCACUAAGUUACUUAGGGCUUUGGUAAGUUUCUGAACCUUGCCUCAAACUUGCUUCCUCCUGCCUAUAGCCUCUUGAAUCACUGGGAUUACAGGCAUGUAUGUGCCACUGCGCCUAGCUGAAUAUCAUUUUUUUUAAGAAAGAUAGGUACAUUAAAAGUCAUUCUCAGCCUCAAAACUCCUUUAUGUUACUUCCAUUUUGCUCACUCUUAGAAGCUGAUAUUUCUUUUUCUUUUUUUUUUUAAUAUUUAUUUUUUAGUUCUCGGCGGACACAACAUCUUUGUUGGUAUGUGUUGCUGAGAAUCGAACCCGGGCCGCACGCAUGCCAGGCAAGCGCGCUACCGCUUGAGCCACAUCCCCAGCCCCAAAGCUGAUAUUUCUGAUAGGGAUGAAGUGGGAGACUUGUCUUGCAGAAGGUCUCAAAGUUGGAGAGUUAUUGCUAUUCUAAAUCCAGAUUUUGGGGCAAUUUAAUUCCGUCUAUUGGAUCUAUAAUUAGAGUUCACCAUAUCCUUCAGUCUGGGACCAAAUAGCAUUGGACUUUACAGUAGUCUGUAUAAUUUUCUUAUUCUAAUCUCAGAACGGCCUAGUAUUCAGGAUCAGGAAAUGUAGUUUUUUUUACUAUAGUGUUGUACUUUUAAACGACAUGAACACUACAUGAAUGCCUACCAUGGCUAUUGAGAGAAUAUUGUUGUAUACUAUCUCUGAUCUUAAUUUGUCAUUGGCAGAAUUUACAGCUAAUAUCCUAUAUUUUGCCUCAUUGUUAAGAAACUAGCCAUGAAUAGAAGUACUUUUCAUCAAGCAGAUUAGGGUAGUUAGUCCUCAUAUAAAGGUGAUCCUAUGUGAUGGUUGAAAACAAAUGACUUAGCAUGAUUAGAUUUGAUAAAUAAUGCCCAAUUAAUUUAUAGCUGUUUAUCUAGUUAUUUUCAAUAUAAGUAAUUUUGGGUAGUCUACUGGACCUUGAUAAAAGAUUUAUUUUAUUACUGAUAACUGAAAAUGCACCAAACACAGAUAUGCAUUCGACUUCAGCCUUCAUCCUUGGAAUUGGAUGACCUUUGGAGCUUUAAGAAGAUUAUAAACAGUAAACAUGGAAAGUCUUAGAUCUUUCAGAAUCAGGAAAAUGUGGACCCCUCAUUUUCAUAUUUCUUUGGGGAUAAAGUUGGUGCAUAUUUGAUUUGUUUUAAGGGAUUUGCAACUCAGAAAUGUUUUAAUUGGAAAUCAGUCAAAUGUCCAACAUAGAAAUAAACAGAGGAAGACAACUUUAGAAUUGUGUGUGUGUGGAGUUAAAUCCCAUUUUUGGAGCAGCUAAAAAUUCUCUAAGCAGAAUGGAAAAGUUACUAAUGUGAGAUUCUUGCGAAGUGGUUUUCAGACAAUAUUAUGAUUCAUGGGACCAUGGAUAUGCUAAUCCAAAGAGUAAGGUCUGAGAAAUGAUAUAAAUUAUAUUUUGCUGUGUUUUAGGAAAAUAUUGUGACAGUCAAAUAAAAGUGGAGGUGCUACAGGAGCAUUGGUGCACACUUGCCAUCCCAACUCUUUUGAAGACUAAGGCCUAAAGAUAGCAAGUUUGCUGAUCAACUUAGUGUGACUGGCUCAAAAUAGAAAGGGCUGGGGUUGUAGCUCAGUGAUAAGAAUGAUUGACUAGCACACAUGAGGCCCUUGAGUUCCAUCCUCAGUCCAGGGUUGGGGGUGGAUAAAACCACUUAUAAAUAAUAAGCACAUCGGUGCCAAUUCAGAAAAAAAGAGUUGUAGACUCCCAAAUGCAGAAUCAUACCUAGGAACUGGAACAGCCAUUUUGAUGCUUACACCGGCAUUGUCUGCCACAUCAUUCUAUCCAGUAGUUUCUGAUUUUCCUGUUCCUUACCCCAUAGUUUGAGGCUGGACAGACACAGGUAGACAGAACCAAUUAGAUUCGUUGUGCAGGAUCAUCAACAAACGUGGCUUACCCCAGUGAAUAGAAAGGCUGAUCUUCGUGAUCAUGGUUAAUUUUAUAUGCAUCAUAGAAGUUGUCUUACAAAACUCAAAUGCCACGAAAGUUUUGUUUUUUAAGUAAAUGUAAGUAUUAGUAUAUAAUAGGUCAUUAUGGCUACUAGUGUUUAUUAAGUGUAUCAUGUCUAUUCUUUAAAUUCAUAAUCCUACUUUAUAAAUAAGAAAAUAGAGAAAGUGCAUAGUUCCCUGAAGUCAUCCUGUCAGCAAGUGGUAGAAUGAAGUUUCAAACCUAGGUUCCUUCAGUCAACACCCAAAGUUCUAGGCACUGGAGAUACAGCAGUGAACAAAGGGUCUGCUGAUUUUUCUGAAGCCCUUAACCAUGAUUCUACACCAAAAAAAAAAAGAUUGCCCAGGACUACUUAGCCAACUAAUAGAGCUGGAGCCA